AUUUUUUACGAGCAUCUACUGUAGUAAGAAUUAUUUUCUUCCGCGAAGUAAGAUAGAUAACGGUAGUGUUUACCAUCUUACCAGGCGACAAAAAAAAAAAAAAAAACUUCGAACGUCAUGAACGCCGAGGCCAGGCAGACCAGGGCCUCAGGCUACACUGUACUCGGGCUGUCAGUGAAAUACGGCUAGGUUCAUUGGUUUUGGUUGAAGCUAAACAUUGCUUGAGCUCUGUUGUAAGAGAGUAUGGUCAGUAUGGUAACAGUCAUCACCACACCAAUGCACUGACCACACACACCAUCAUCGUAUGCUCCACAGUUACCAUGGCAACUGUUUAUAAACUCGAACUGUCAUGAGUGCGCGAACAUUUCCCGAAGCACAUUCAAGAGAGCGCUUUCUGCGAUUCCUGCAACGUUUGUGAAAUAUUCUACACAGCUAUUUUCAUUGCACUCGAUCCAUAUUGUUGGAGCGCCGUCCGAAUUUCAGGAUGAUGGAUUCUAGACCAACAACUUCGUCCUCCAACAGACCUCAGUCUCCAAACAUGCGGUCAUUUACGGCAGCCACACAACGCAGUGGUCUUCUCGGCGCAGUUAGUCGCCUGAGCGGGCGACCCAGCACGCGCACAGGUCCUCCUACGGCGAUGCUUUCGCAGAUGAGCAUUCCGGAGCGUCCUAUGACUCAGCAUGGCCUUGUGGCGCCGAAGACUGCAUUAAAAUCUUCACAGCGGCAGGUUCAAGACAAAAGUUACUUUAUCGGCUUGCUGAGAGCAAAAAUGACAGAAUUGAUUGCGGAGACUAACCGUUUGCAACGCGCAAAUGAAUCACUUGCGCAAGAGCAAGCUACUUACUCGUCGUACAAAAAGAAAGCGGAAGCUUUGAGUGCUGAGCUAAAAGAGCUGCAAGGCGAUAUGGCAGACUACAACUUGCUGGUCGACAAGUUGAACACGGAUGCAGACAUGGAAGAUGUUAAGGAAGAGUACAGAGAACUUAAGAGCCAGAAUGACCAGGAAGUGAACAGCGUAGAACUUCUUUUUGAGCAGCGGCAAGACCGUGAGCGCCAACUUCGACAGCUUGAAGUGGAAAUUGAGCAGGAAAGGAACAUGGCAGACAACAUAAUAGCUGCAAUGCAACCAGAGCUACGUCACAGGUAUACAGAGCAGAAAGACAUUAAUCAAUCACUUGUAGAUCAACUGGAUAAACUGCAACAGCAGCUUCAAGGUCUUCAGUUGCAGAAGACUGCCUUAGAAGAUGAUAUUUCAUUGACUUCGGUGAAGCAGGAAGCAGUGAAGCUGUAUGAGCGAUUGAGGGAACUAGGAGAGAAAAAAGCAGUUUUGGAGGAAGAACAGAAGAAACGGGGGACUCCAGCCCAGGAAAGGGAGCGAUUGCUUGCUCAGGUCAAAGAAGACAACAGUGAGCUGUCGAGCAUGGAGAGGCAAGCAUCUGAGGCACGUGAGCGCCUGGGAAAACUGCAGGAGGAACUGGCUCAGCUCGACCAGGAGUUGGAGGAGCACAAUGGAGAACGACGAGCCAAGUAUCAGGAGCUCCGCAAACGUGAGGAAACCAUGGAUGCUUUCCUUGAGAGCUUUGAUGAAGCACGCCAAGAUGAACACAAGCGCCAGGAGAAGCUCCAGGGGGAGAUCGUGCAACUUCUGGAAAGCUGCUCACGCUCCUUACCCCACUUCUCGACUUUGCCAAGCCAAGAAGAAAUGGCUGUACUCAAGGAUGACCUGAUAUUCAAAGAAAAUGAAAUGGAGAAGUCAAAAAUGACACUAUCUGCUCUAGGGAUGGAGCAGAAAAAGCUGGCAGUGGAUUUGCAGAAGGUAAAUAAAAACACUUGCACCUUUAUGUGCUGAUUACCAACCGAGUUGAUGGUAAUUUAAGUCAAGAAAGCACAAGAGAACUCUUUUUUUUUUUUUUUUUUAUUGUAUGCGGGUAUUACUUUGUAUGUAUUCAUAGUCAUGAUAAAGGAACAGGGAUGGUGGAACAAAUGGCAACACACCACUGAUGGAGCACAAACUAAUGACCUCUGCAUGUUGUACGCAGUAAUAGAUGGUCAAUUCCGUGAGAGAUCAAAACAGGUGGUAUAUUUGACAUUUUUUAUUUUUCAGAUAAUUUUACACAUUACACACACAUGACUGAAUAGCAUUAAACUGCCACUUGUUUUUAAAGAAAGCUAUUAGUAAAUGGGGGAAAAAUCAUCAGAGGUCAUCUGGUAACGACAACAAUUUAGCAAAAUACAUUUUUUCUUAUCUUCGUGACAGUGCUUAAGGCCAUGCAAGUAUAAUA